AUGCCGAAUCAACGCCCCCGGGCAGCUUUCGAGCCUCUCCCCCCCGACUUAGACGUGCCGGCUCUAGUUGAAUCAACACCGAACUUUCAGUGGGCGCCUAAGUUUCACUGCAAUGCCAUUGAUGCAAAAGGCCUGGAGAGCUUCGAAAAACUAGUGCAGCUCCAUGUUGUCUUGGGUGGUAUGCCCCUAGUUGUGGGAGGGUUCAACGAACGGCUGGACAACUCCCUAUUCUCCGAAAAGUGGCUGAGAGGGGAAUAUGCAACGAAAUCGGAGACUGCCCGGAAUUUGACGACCAAGACCAAUCUUCCACUCACGAUUGGCCAUUAUCUCAAGAACAUGCCCCUUCUUACGAACCAGUGGAACUCUUUCAACUACAAAGAACCCAAUCGACAGCGCAUAUAUCUCAAGGACAUUGAUUGUCCACAGCAAUGGCAUGACUACCUAAAAUCAGUCCUACCACCAUUUUUAUUCUACCUAAACCAGCCGGAUGUCGCCGAAUCAUCUUCAAACCAAGAACAGGCGACAGGAGUCGGAGAUCUGAUGAGCUGCCUUCCGUCGAGUAUGCGCGCGGAGAAUUUGAUGUGCUACAUAGGUCACGAGGGGACAUAUACCCCAGCCCAUCAGGAAAUGUGUGCUAGUCUCGGGCAAAAUAUCAUGGUCGAAGCGUCCGACGGCUUGAUGGAAUACGGGAAGGUCACCAAACCUGGUUCCUCGAUUUGGUUUAUGACUGAGAGCAAGGACCGUCACGUCGUCUCAGAAUACUGGUUGUCUAAGUUGGGGCACGAUAUUGAUGUUGAAGACCAUUUUGCCCAAAUAAAUGCUUGGAAAGGGGCGCCCUUCAAGACCUACAUUGUCGAACAGAGACCUGGCGAUUUCAUCCUUGUCCCCCCUAUGGCGGCGCAUCAGGUCUGGAACCGUGGGACAAGAACCAUGAAGGUAGCGUGGAAUCGUACGACUGCGGAUACCCUGAAAUUGGCCCUUGACGAAGCGCUACCGCAUGCAAGAAUGGUUUGCCGAGACGAACAAUACAAAAACAAGGCCAUUGUGUAUUAUUCACUCGGCCAUUAUUCUAGUCUACUUGCCAAAGGUCCUGCGACCCACACACAAGCCACGAAAAAGCUGCAAGCAGACUUCGCAAAACUCUUUUCCUUGUAUACCGGAAUACUGCUAUCGGAAAGCUUUCAGAAUGAUAUGCCAGACGAGAAGGAAAUUGAGCUGAUUCCCUUUGACGGCAGUAUCACAUGCUCUUAUUGUCGGAGCAAUUUAUUCAAUAGGUUUCUCACCUGCCCGUGGUGUGUCGGUGAUGAGAACGAUACGCUGAAAUGGGUUGAACAAUUCACCUGGGAGGAACUGACGGGGAGGCAUGAAAUGUGGAGGCAACAAAUUCGUCUAUUCAGCGCAGGCAAAACCAGCUUACUUCCAGCAUUUUCAGAGGCGAGAGCUCAGAUGGUCAAGAAAUCCCCGGCACAGAUAUGCCAGGAGCAACUGAAGAGGCGUCCGUGGGUGGACAUAUCUAAACCAAUCUACGAAAAGAUAGAGGAUGAAUCCAGUGACUCAGAGACAUCAACCCCCGCCUGGAAGCGAAGGAAAGGCAAUACUAACGAGGAACGUGGUCGGUGUCAUAUCUGCAAGUGCACAGAACCCAUGUGGAAGUUGGCUUCAUGCUCAAUCUGCCACGUUCAUUAUUGCUACGGCAGUCUGUUCAGGGCUUUUAAUAUACAACCUCAAGAUACCAUGGAGACGGAUGCAUGGGUGUGUCCCAAGUGUGAAAAGAGGUGCAGCUGUGCUGCGUGUCGUCGAAACCCUACGAUGAGCCCAUCCGAACCAAUGAGCACCCUACUUGGCCAUGAUACAACGGCAUUCGCUGAUCCGCGUAGCGUGGAGAGCUUGAUUGACUUCAGACAGUCGAAUAUUCGGUGGUUGAAAAAAGCAGGCGAUGAUGAAAUCGGCCGACUGAUGAGGCACCAACAAGAGGCAGAAGAAACUCGCGACCAAGUGGUGAACAGUAGCAUUCAAUUAGAAGAGUACCCUCAGGUGGCGGCUCGGCCUGUCGCCGUAGUCCACUUAGAGGGACACGAGCCAGCCCGUCGCUCCACAGACUAUGAAGAAAUACCGAUCGACCCUGCGCUGGAAAACUUUGAUGGGUCUUCUCUGACUUUGGAAUCGAUCAUUGGAAUCAAUCAAUGA